AUGAAUCGCCUGACAAAAGCAACCACAGUUCCAGAACGAGAGGCCGCAGAAAAAGCGUACGAAAUGUUCGUGCGCUACGAGCAAGCCGCCGUCAAGGCACAACAGCCGCAAACCGAGUCGCCCAUGUUGCCGAGUGAACUGCUGCGCUCGGCCACAGAAGAGGAGUUUGUUCCGCCGGGAGUCCUGCCGGGUGUAGCAACUCAAGAUGGUGUUGCGUCACCAGACCUGGCUACCCAAGAAGCCGGUGCGCCGCUGAUCGCCCCAACGGACAAUUCCAAUCAAGAAGCCGCUAGUGCGCCAGUUCUCGCCGCGCAGGGACUGACUGACAGUGACUACCCAAACCCAACAGGGCCCUCAACAACUCCCGUUUCUCUGGAAAUUCCGGAAGCCAACCUGGAGACGCUUCUAUCGACAGAAGUGCCAAUGGAAGUGCAACAGGCAUCACGUAAAUGGCUGGCCACCUCCGACUCCAACGAACAAACAACAGACGCCCCCACGGCACCUCCAGCAGUCGAGGAAGACGGUUUUACCGUACCGAACUGGCGGCACACCACCAAGCCCAAAAGGCUUGAAAAUGUGCUUCCUCCACCUCCAGCCAUACGUGGCAAGGCUGCCAAGAUAGUGCAGCCUGGAGUUAGUUUUGCGUCCAUUGCCAGGGGACGGGCUGCUGAACAGCAGGCCCUUCCUCGCAGUGACUGUCGCCCACCCACCCGCAACCUGCAACUGCCUACCAACCCACAGCCGGAACCCAGUGCCGCUGGGCUACCCCCACCGCCCUCCCCGACUCGCACCAAAAAUGGACAGGCUGCCCCCACUGCGCAGAGUCCCGUUGCAAAACAGUGCCAGCCUAGUACUGACCCAGCGCCCCCCGCCCCCGCGGCCAGGGCGCACGGUCACCACGCUCCCAACAAACACAACCACAGUCAAGACCACAGUUUCCACCCCUCCCUGCACGACGACAAGUCCAUCCGGACAUUGCCGCAGCCGCACAGGCGGAAGCGGCAGGCACAGACACGAACACACCAACACCUCGCCGCCGCUCCUUCAGAGAGGCAUUAA